AAAAGCAGGCGAACGCGGUGACGACGAAGCCGACUACGCGGCGUUCAAAUCACGGGCAAUCGCUACACACGUUGGAUCACCCGUUCGAACUUCAUUACCUCGUCCUAACGAUUUCCGAUUAAUCGUGCGACGUUUUAGCAAUCGAUAUUUGUGAAUCGGGAAUAAUCUGGCGAAGAUCGAGAAAUUGAUCUUGAAAAUUAGACUUGUUCCGCGAAUUCAGAAGAUCCAGAUGUGGUUUGCCAGAUCGAUUGAUGAUUUAAUACGAUCACGAGUGACAAUUAAUAAUUAAUUUUCUGUGGACCAUAUAAUCUGUUCAAUGACUAUCAAUUAAAUAUUAUACGAUGCCUGGAUACUUGUGUAAUUAAUAAAUUGUUGCUACCAAACCGAGUUCGUACGAUGUACAGUUUAUACAGAGCCUGGUUCGGCGACAGCGUGACUGCAGACAACUAUUCGCGACUUCAGGAGACGUUAUCGCCACCGGAUACGGUGGUCCGGGUCGGCAACGAAGGGGAACAUCAGUUUGUCGCUCACAAGGGCGUUCUAGCUGCUCAUAGCGGCUACUUAAAGGCGUUAUUAACAAACGCCGCUUCGACGCCUAGCCCCAGUGUUAAUACGAGUUUCCCAGCCACUAUCGCUGUCACCGCUACCAAUCUUUCCGGACAAUCGACGCGGCAACCGGUCACGUCUGUCUCGGUCUCGUCUAUCGGUAAUAACAAAAACCAUCUCAAACUUGAUUCCAAAUUUUAUCGAGAUAUUUUAUCGAAGAAAACAUUCAAUAUUAUUAUUCCAAGUGGGGAAGCUUUCGCGCCACUAUUGGACUACAUGUACACUGGCCGAUUGGAGGUGACGCUGGACAAUGUUUACAGCGUGCUACUGGCCACACAUUUGUUGCAUAUGCCGGGAGCAUUGGAGCAAUGCAGAGCGGCGUUACUCAGACUAAGGGCUCCUCCGCUGCCGACUCCGAUCCCGGUCCCACAGGGUCCGACGUCGACGCUGACAUCGUCGAGCUCGAUGCCCGCGUCGACGACGGGUCCCGGGAACAUACUUCGACCGAUACCGAACAGAUUGAUGAUAGACCCGAGCAUGUGUUGGCCGCCGCUGUAUCCACCGACCGCGCCGCCGCCGCCUGGUACGAUCGGCAUAUCGCAUUUACCCCAACUACAACCGUCGGUCUUGAUGCAAUCGGCCGUACCACUCAGCGUUUCCAUCGUUCCGACGAGCAUCCAAGAAACGCAGAGCUCGACGGUUUAUAGCGACAUUUCACCGAAAUCGUCGAUGUUUCAAGUGGAGCGGAACCGCGGUCUGAGGAUGGACAUCAAAGGAAAACCGAGUUCGGAGAACGCGUCAAACUCCCAUCCCUUCGCCGCGUACACCACGUCAAACGUGGUCACUUCAACGAGAACGUCAUCGCCUUGCCAAUCAAUUUCACCGACACCGUCGUCGACGUCUCAGUCUUCGAUCGCAGCGUGCCAGAGCAGAAAACCGACGGAGAACCGAGCCAGAAAAGAGGAACCCGAUUACGAGGAGCAAAACGAGAAUCCACGGACGCAGCGACUCGGUUCGCCUCUUGCCGAAGAUUCUAGGAUACCUCGCAGCCACGACAAGAACAGCGAUACGGGCUCUGUCGGGGAGAACGACCGCGGCAGAGGCUCCAAGCGAAGAGGACGCGGCUCUUCCAACAGCGGGAACGACGGUCCGUCGAGCAUUUUGUCGGUGGUGUACGACGUGGCUUGCUGCGACGGCCCGGUAAAGUUCCAUCGCGUGUUGAACGAGAAUUACUCGUCCACCGCGGGCGCCGGUUCCGGCUCGCGGUUACAGAGACCGUGUUUCGAGCCGGAGAACAACGCGUCGAGCGAGAACGACGAGAACGGGGGCCCAGCGGGAUCCGUGAGGACAACCUGUGACCCGAGCGAACCUCGGAUCGACGCUGGUAACGGAACCGGGGGGAGCUACACGUGCGGUUACUGCAGGCACACUUUCAAGUCGCAGUACUGCUAUAGGAAACACACCAAGAGGCAUUUGUUAUCGAUCAGAACGAACGACUCGAUCGGGAACAGGCAGAGGCAAGAGACCGUACGAAACAGGAGGGAAGUUCGCCUGCUGGAUCUGAAUGUUCAAUAUUAUCCGUGCAAGAUAUGCGGCUGUAAGUUCCCGAGCUAUUAUUUCGUGCAUAAGCACAGGAAACUGUGCCACGCGAACAGGGAGGAGAGGAGCCAGUCGGACGAAGCGAACAGCAUCGUGCCGGAAGAUCAGGAAUCGACUACUUCGACGACCAACAACGAGAGGCAAUGAAGACGGAAAUACAAUAUUUUAUAAAUCAUACUGUGAAAAUUGAGAUGUGAAAACAAGCCUCAAUAACAUGUUCAAGUCUGAUUGAAAUGAUCGAUUCGUCUUUCUUGUCUCACGUAUAUAGUGACACAUUAUGAUUUAAGAUUUGAAUGUUGCAUUAAAUAGUAACAAGUGCAAAUGGCUCGACUGAUAUUAAAUGGUGUUCAGUUAAUUGAGGAAAAAGAUUCACUGUUUGAGUCUUGUAGAGAUCAAGUUUGGAGAUAAUGUUGAACAAAUUGUAAUAAUUAACUGUAGCUAGAUAAUGUUAACUGAUAUUUCCUGUAACGAUAGUAUUGAAAGGAACGGUAAUAAAAAUGAAUUCAAAAGA